AUGGGCGCCUGCUCCUCCUGCCUUCGUGGUGAUGGAGGCGACAGAGAUUUGGCAGACGAGGAUGAGAGCUCGAGACUGCUCUUCGACGACCCAAACGGGAACCAUUACGGAAGUUUUGCCGAUUCGAACGCUGGAGCUCCUCAAGCAGAUCCGCAAGAGGUGCAGCGAGAAACCGAGGCCUUGCAGAAAGUGGUAGCUCAGACAUCGCAUCAUCUCGUCGAUAUAUUUGCCAUGGUACCUGCAAACGGCCAGCCUACCGCUGCGGACAACUUCCCCGGUCAAGAUGCGAAGAUUAUCCAUUACCAAGACGUUCUUGCGAAGAUGUCCACGGACGACCAAUCGCUCGGAGCCAAGACGCUCUCCGUGGAAAACACGCCCAACGUUUCCGACGGAUGGUUGUCAGAAGAAGAAGAUUUGGAGGAAACGAAGAACUACAAGCCCAUCAAAUCAGAUGGCAUAGGGCCGCUGUUGGGGGGGUUUUCAGAUGCAGCUCCGGUCACGGAAUAG